CCAGCGCGUUACGAGAUGCACGCACACGUCACCCGCAACAUGGAACAGCCAAAAGACGGCAGCGCAUUUGGCGCCAGCCCAUUGAGGCUUCUGGAGGCACCGCUAAUGGCAGGCGACAGCGCUAAGUGCUUGGAUGAGCAGCCCAAAUGGAGCUGGACCUUGAAGUUGGCCAUGUAUGGCGCUACGCUGGGCGCCGCCGUGCCCGUGGGCUAUUGUACGGGCGUGGUCAACAGUCCCGCUGUGCACAUGCGAGCCUGGUGCCAGGAGACGCUCCUCUCGCGCUAUGAGCUACAGCUGAGCGAAGGCGCCUUGGAGCUGCUUUGGGCAGCAGUUGUGUCCAUCUUUCUGGUGGGCGGCGCUGUGGGUUCGCUGACGGGCGCCGCCAUCGCCAACAGAUUUGGACGCCGUCCCGCCUUUUAUAUAUGCGGCGUGCUGCUGGCCCUGGGUGCCAUUUGUUUCUACAUCUGUCGCCCGCUUGGCUCCGUGGAGCUGCUGCUGCUGGGCCGCCUGCUGGUCGGCCUGGCCGCCGGCCUGCUCACCGCCUGCAUGCCCAUGUAUCACAGCGAGCUGGCCGCACUGCAGCAGCGCAGCAAGCUGGCCCCCCUUUGCCCCUUGGGUCUCACAGUAGGCGUGGUCGUAUCGCAAAUAUUUAGCCUGCAAUCGAUGCUCGGCGGGCAGGAGCAUUGGCACCUGGCGCUCGCCUUCUACGGCAUCUUUGUGGUGCUCUGCUAUGCGCCCUUCAAGUGGUAUCCGGAGAGUCCCAAAUGGCUGUACAUCGUCAAGGGGCGCAAGCAGCAGGCGGCGCAACAGUUGCAGCUGCUGCGCGGCUAUGCGGCGGAUAGCCCGGCGCUGCAUGCGGAACUGAACGACAUGGAGCAGGAGGCUAGGGUGAAGAGCACGCCGUGCAGUUAUCUGCAAGUGCUGACCAAUCCGCAGCUGCGUCUGCCGCUGAUCAUUGUCUGCGCCUACCUGGGCGGCCAGCAGCUGUCGGGCAUAAAUGCGAUCUUCUACUACUCGGUGUCCAUAUUCCGGAAAGCGGGUCUCAGUCCGCAAGCGGCCGAGCUGGCCAAUCUGGGCGCUGGCUCCACAAAUCUGGCCUCCGCGCUGCUGGGUCCCAUGCUGAUGGAGCGCUUCAAUCGCCGACCCUUGAUGCUCUUCUCCAGCUUCUUCUGUUGCGUUUUUCUGUUUCUCUUCGCCAUGUUGCUGCACUUUAUUGAGAGCUUCAGCUGGUUUGCCAUGGGCUGCAUUGUCUGCAUCUUCAUGUACAUUAUUGUCUUCCAGUUCGGCCUGGGUCCAUUGCCCUUCUUUAUAGGCGCAGAGCUCUUCGAGGUGGCGCCCCGCUCCGCGGCCAUGUCGCUGGGCAGCGUCGUCUACUGGCUGUGCAAUCUGAUCAUUGGCAUGGCCUUUCCCAGUCUACAGAACGCCUGGGGCGCCCUGGUCUUUCUGCCCUGCUCCAUCACCUGCCUGCUAGUGUUUGUGCUGACCCAAUGCUAUCUGCCGGAGACGCGCGGCCGGGAUCCAUCCGAGGUGGCACCUCUGGUUGCCGACGGCUUUAAAUCAAAGCGCCUCAGACAGUGAUAAGAAUAAAAAAGAAUUAUCUACGGCUUGCCGAAGUUUAAACACACUUGCAGGUUUAUGGCAGAUGUGCCCUAUUCAUAUAAUAUAUGCUAUAUGAUUUAAUCUUAUAA